AUGUUAUUGUUGUAUGUAGAAGAUGGCGGCGUGGUGGUCCGCGCUGAGGAGGCGCUGAUCGUGAGCUUCGUGCUGCUUCUUUGGGCAGCUGCUAUUGCGCUCUUCUUUAACCGCUGGGGCAAGAUCAGGAUGUUGGAGCCGUAUCAACCAAAGUUCCAGCAACAACAUCGACAGAGUUGCGUCCUCACUGAAAACUCGGUCUCAGUGCCGCCGCAUCACCGAGCUUCAAUGUCGCGCGCCUGCAUGUCAUACGACUACGGCCCUUCCUUCACCUCCUACCAGCCUUAUGCCUACCUCUCGCAUAGACCCAGACAGAACUCUGUAUUCGUGGGCAGUGUGGGUGGCGGCAUGGCAUUGAUCCCGGAAAGUCCACCACGGAGGUCGCGCUCCGCAGCGGAUCUCCCCGCGCUUGUCACUCCCGCGGAUCUUUCACACACAACACCUAGGUCCUCGCGCGCGGCAAGCCUACACAGUGCCGUGGACCUCAGGGUCUGCGUACCAUCGCCUCGGACCUCCAGAGCGGCAAGUCUGCACUCGGGUGACAUGCAUAGUUCAGUGCAAGUUCAUGUUCGAGGUUCGGGGAAUAAUUUAAACAGACCAAAAAGUCCAAGAAGACUAACUAUCACGAAUGUAUAG